GAAGCUUGUCACUUUAUUACCUCUCCAUCCAUUCACCCAUUUACACAUCAAAUCUCUCCAUCUCUUAUUCUAGUCUGUAAGUCACAGGCUCAUAAGUUUUUUUUAACAUAAGAAAAUGGACAAUUCAAGAAACUCUAUCAAUUGGACUCAUAACUAUUAUUACCAGGGAAAGAAUAUGGAAGAAUUGAGGCAUUCUCUGUUGUUUACAACUUUGGAGCUGGAAUCAACAAGAUUAGCAGCACAAGAAGAGAUUAUUAGAAGAGAGGAACAAGUAACCCAUCUCAAAGAUCUUUUAAACAGAACCAUCAAAGAGAGAGAUGAGGCAGAAGAAAAAUGUCAGAGUCUUCUCAUAGACAAACUCUUGCUCCAACAACAGCAACAAACUGCUAAUUAUGUCACCGGCAUCUCAAGCAUUGAAGAUGAACCAAAAAGAGGAGACUCUAGCACUGGAAUUUCUUCAUCGGAUUGUGAGGAAAGUAUUGUAUCAUCUCCUGUAUUGAUGAUGAUGGAUACCAUUCCGUUGCCCAAUCUACAGUUAACACCAGAAAAGCCAUUGCCAGAGAAAGGCAAGUUUUUACAAGCUGUAAUGAAAGCAGGGCCGUUGCUUCAGACACUACUCUUGGCUGGGCCGCUUCCACAGUGGAGACACCCACCACCACCACUUACUGAGAUACCACUAGUUGGAGUAGCCAUUCCUUCACCCUCACAACCACAGCCACAACCGGAACUAGGCAUUAACAAUCAGAGUUGUGGAACACUCAACAAGAGGAAAAGAAGUUUGAUGUUCUGUGAAGGUUCUGAUUCUUCUAUCAAUUCCCACAAGUACCAAAGGGUUCUACUCAAUUGACUGUUACUCUUUCAUUAUUUGCACUUUAUAUGUAGGAUGGUCUAUAUAUGUGAAGACCUUAUCUCAUAGAAAAUUUAGUAUAAUAUGUUUAGGCAUGAUGAAAUGGAUCAUUGCUAUACGUCUAUUUGGAACCGUGUAUAGCAGAUUGUCUUAGGUAUUGAGGGUUAUAACUCUUCAACUUCAAUUUAGAAAGAGGGUUAAAGAUUUUUCUUUUAGGCUGUUGCUUGAUUGGGUGAGCAUUAUUAGCUUUGGUCUCCAUUUACUUUUAGUUUUAGUCUUUCAUGGUCAACUGUGGAUGGGUAUUGAAAUUUCUGCAGUGUGGCUUUGAAUGUAUUUGUACUACACACAAUACAUAUUAUGAAUGAAAAAGUUUAAUAUGUCAAG